AUGAAGAACAGGGUGGAAGUCGGUCACUGUCUAAGUCCGGAUCGUGACGAUCUGGACCUUGCGAAAAUUGGAAAAAGGGCCAUUCUCAAGCGCAACUUUAGCACUCUGUCGAUUCUCGCCUUCAGCUGCACCAUUACCGCCACCUGGGAAGGAAUCCUGAAGCAAGUCAUCACCUUUCUGCUUCCUAUGACGAAGUUGGACUCUGUCUACUAUUCCUGCAUGACCUGGCUAACCAAAUCUAGUGGAGGACCCGCUGGUGCCGUUUACGAGUAUAUCUUUGCAUGGAUAGGAACUGGAUCUUGCUUUUUGGUUCUCGCCGAGCUAUCUUCCAUGGCGCCUACAUCUGGCGGCCAAUAUCAUUGGUGCGCAAUGCUUGCGCCCCCCAGUUGCAUGAAAUUUUAUAGCUAUAUCACGGGCUGGAUAACUGUCUUUGCUUGGCAAACCGCCUUUGCAUCGAUCGCCCUGUUGAGCGGCACCGAGAUCCAGGGGGCUGCUAUCUUGACCUUCAAGAACUACCAGAGCGAACACUACCAUGGGACUCUUAUCCUAUGGGCCUGUGUGAUACUCGCUCUAGCAGUAAAUGCGACCGGUGGUAAACUACUUCCACGUCUUGAAAACCUUGUUUUUGUCUUGCAUAUCGUUGGGUUUUUGGCCAUUUUAAUCACUCUUACCUACGUGGCGGAUCACAAAAGCGCUAAGGAGGUGUUUACCACAUGGACAAACAGCGGUGGUUGGUCCUCUAACGGCAUCGUCUUUUUCAUUGGGAUGCAAGGUAGCGUUUUUGCCUUUUCUGGUGGCGAUGCUGCCGUCCAUAUGGCCGAGGAAGUCCACAAGGCCUCAGUGGUCAUCCCUCGUGCUUUAAUACUUACUGCACUGAUCAACGGUGCCCUCGGAUUUGGCAUGCUGGUUGGGGUCUUGUUUUGUAUGGGCGAUCUUGAGGCAGCGACCAGCACUCCCACGGGAUAUCCCUACAUGGAAAUCUUUUUUCAGGCAACUAAUUCGUUAGGUGGUGCUGUGGCCAUGAUAUGCAUCGCGCUUGUGAUUUGUGUAUGUUCUGCCAUUGGAAUGAUAGCUGCGACCUCUCGCCAGUUGUGGUCCUUUGCGCGUGAUCGAGGCGUGCCUGGAUGGAGGUUAUGGAGCAAGGCCUGCUGUCCUUUCUUUCUUCGGAUUCUGAUGUCUGCAGUAGCUGACGGGGAAGUGCAGGUCUCUCCUACCACGAACAUUCCGAUCUACUCUGUGUGCUUCACCAUGGCUGUUUCAUGUCUUCUCGGUCUGAUUAAUAUCGGCUCCGAUGUCGCGCUGAAGGACAUUUUGUCUAUGGCUGUUUCUGGCCUCUACCUGUCAUACCUGACCGUUGGGACCUUGCUUCUCUACCGGCGUCUCUGCGGCCACAUCCGCGCCAGCAGUGAGUGCGAGGACAUGACUGUCAAUGUCCCCAAUGCUCCGUUAGUCUGGGGGCCCUUCCGUGUUCCUGGGAUUCUGGGGGCUGUCAACAAUGGCUUUGCUGUUUGCUACAUGAUUGUCGUGAUUUUCUUUAGCUUCUGGCCCACGACAGUGGUGGUGGAUUAUAAGUCUAUGAACUACAGUGUGGUUGGGACAUUUGGCACAGUCAUUAUCGCCGUUCUAUAUUAUGUGGUCCGGGCCCGGCAUGUUUACGACGGACCGGUGGUCGAAGGAGGUUAA